UUUUAUUUUCUCUCUUUUUGUUUAAUUAUUCCAAAUUCGCCGGCCUUGACGCUGGGUUCGACCAACGCGAGGGGCUCAGGUCCUUCGCUUGGUUUUCAAGAUCCACUAUUCGUAAAAGUUGCCUUGUAUGUAACUUUCCUUCUUUAUACGAAGAUCUCUAUAGGCAGUCACUCCAUGCAUUUCAUUCUCCAACACCUCUAUGUUUUAUUCGCAAUAGCAUUUCUGAAACGUACUUUGGUUUGAAGUAAGGUAUAAGGUGUGAUUGUAGAUUCAUCUUGUUCUCUGAAUCUUGUGACAAUGCCCUCUACCGAUAACCAGGGUUCUUCUUCGCCUUUGGUCUCGUUUGGCCGUUCGAUUUGGAGUAUGAGGAGAGAACAGGUCCACUCCAUGGAACCUAAUCAUGAGUUCAGUGCCCAGGAAUCUGAGCUUGAAUUGUUCCAAAAACAGAUUACCGACCGUUUUCAGGAGCUGGCAGCUGUUACUCCUGAUGAGUUGCUCUCAAUUGCGUGGGUACGGAAGCUUUUGGAUGUUUUUGUCAGCUGCCAGGAGGAAUUUAGGAUUAUCUUGCUGAAAAACAAAGAAUGGGUCUCUAAACCGCCUUUGGAUCGACUGGUUGCUGAAUUCUUUGAAAGGAGUGUGAAAGCGCUUGAUAUUUGCAAUGCAACUCGUAAUGGGAUUGAGAAUAUUCGUUUGUGGCAGAAGCAUUUGGAGAUUGUUGUGUGUGCUUUGGAGUCUCAGCAGAGGGCUUUGGGUGAAGGCCAAUUGCGACGUGCAAGGAAGGCUUUGGUGGAUAUGGCACUUGCGAUGCUGGAUGAGAAAGGCUCAGGGUCAGCUUUUUCGAACAGGAAUCGGUCAUUCGGGCGACAUAACACUAGCAAAGAUCAUCAUCGUCGUCGGUCCUCAGGGGGGCAUUCUCGGUCUCUUUCAUGGAGUGUAUCUCGUUCUUGGUCUGCAUCUAAGCAACUCCAAUCAAUUGCGAACAACUUGAUCCCCCCUCGUGGGAAUGAGAUUGCGGCUACAAGUGGGCUUGCGGUCCCCCUUUUUACCAUGAGCUCUGUGCUCAUGUUUGUUUUAUGGGUUCUUGUUGCUGCAAUUCCGUGUCAGGACCGAGGUCUGAAUACUCAUUUCUCAAUCCCUCGGCAAUUCUCGUGGGGAAAUCCACUGCAAUUGCUUCAUGAGCGCAUCCUAGAGGUAUCUAAGAAGCGGGAGCACCGGAACUCGAAUGGUUUGUUGAUUGAGAUAUGUCAGGCUGAGAGAUGUGCACGCCAGAUGACUGACUUGGUAGAUAUGGUUCAGUUUCCAUUGUUGGAAGAACAGAAAAUGGAAGUUGAGCAGGGGGUACAGGAGUUGGUACUGAUUUGUAAAGCUUUUAAGGAGGGAUUGGACCCGUUGGAGCGCCAAGUGAGCCAAGUUUUCCGUAGCAUCAUGAAUUGCAGAACUGAGGGACUCGAAUUCUUCUCUAAAUCAAACAGUUUGGAGUAACUGAGACUGUUGAAUUGCCAUGGAGUUCAAAAUAUUCGGAUUUGCUAGCAAAUCAUUUAUUUAGAUACUGCCUGCCUUUCGCAAGGAGGAAGAAUGACUCAAGUGGCCAGAAACAAUAAACGAUAAGAAGGUAGCUUUCUUUAAUUUUGUUUCUUCUAUACUUUCUGUAAAGAAGAUAGUAUAUGUAUGAGAUUUUUGUUUUUUCUUUUUUGCUAUAUGGCAGUGCUCUGCGUCUUGUUUUGAUAUAGUUUCUUUCUGUCGCUUUGUAAAGUGUAAAUGUUAUGCAUUUAAUCAGUCAUGUCUGUAAUACAGCUUUUUGUUUGGUAGAUAAAGAUUCCUACUUGUUCUUGAUUA